ACGAGAGUUCAACUGAUAAGAUGGCGUCGAGUGUACACACAGACUAGGAAGAAACCUUGAUUUUAUCCUAAUUCUUUUCUUCUUUGAAAUGUUAAAUAAUUAUAUGGAGACCAAAUGGAGAACAACAUUGUGAAAGAUUUUGAAAACUUAAAAGUGUUUGCAGCGCAACACAAAUACAUCAGGAUGGAUGAGUUGGUGCAGGAUCUGACCAUGGCCCUGGAGGAGACGGCCAGUGUCAGCAGACCUGGUGCUUCUCUUCCGGACAGUGUCGGCCCCAAUGCUUGUCCCAGGAGGUUUGUCAAGAAACGGAGAGGAAUUCGCCGCUCUUCGAGCAACAACUACUACUGGAAACGGGGCACGAUCAGUGAGGCGUCGGAGAGUAGCGUGGAAGAGCAGACCAUGAGAGACUACGCUGGCAAUGUCAUCCACAGCGACUCGGAUGAUCUGGCAGCCUGUCACAGGAUUCCCAAGCUGACCGUUCCCGUGGUUGACCCAGUCCCGCCGGUCGAGUCGGAUUCUUUUACGGAGAACCUGUCUCCGAUGCGACCCCAGAGGAGGAGGAGAAAGUACAAGACCAUGACCGUGGACUCGUCUCCGCUGACUGACCCGAUCCCCUCUGAUGCCGACUCGGUUUCUGGCGACAAAUGCGUGGGGAAGCGUAAAGAAGACUCCCCGUCUGCCACCAUGGAGCGUCAGUCCUUCUCCGGGCCCCGCAGCUCCUCCUCUACGACCAACAUGCCACACUCAGUGACCGCGGGGAAGAGGAAGCGCAGCAGCAAGAGCCGCACGGAGUACAGUUUUGCCUACUCUCACGGAGACAUGAACGCUGUCAUGGCCGCUGGGGCCAGCUCCGACAGAAUGGAAGUGGCCAGUGUUUCGCAGGAAAGCUCUCUCAGCAGUAGCGAGUUUGACAGUGACAUCAAUGUCAACAAUGAGGAUGCACGAGAAGCGGACGAUGAGCAGAGUGAUUUCUUCCACGAGCCUGGUCCGGCCUGUGGCAUCCCCGACAUAGUGCCCUGGUGGGAGAACGAGAGAGUCACGGACGAGCCGCUCCGAGUCGACUCAGAUUUUGAGAAAAUACUCACCAGCACGUUUGCACACCUGCCAAAAUUUUCGAGCCAGAGCUUUAAAGCAAGGGUGGGACGUCUCAUUUCUGGGAGUGGUCGAGAAAUUCGCCUCGGAAGGAGAAAGCUGAAAGGGAAGAUGCCGCGGUACACGGUGGGCAAGUUUCUCCAAGACCGCGAGCACUGGAACAGAAUGCAAGGCCACCACAACGCCAGCUGCCCCCUGCCCGGCUGCAGCAACAGCACCAGCAACAACAGCAACGGUCACGUCACCGAGUUCAAGAGGAGGCGGCACGUGCCACGGAAUACGCCUGCUGUAGAUGGAAUGAGCGGGCAGACGUCGGACCCCGUGUCGGAGACCAACAUUCCCCCCAAGAUCCAGCGACCGGUGCCCAGCCCGUGCCGCAAAGUGUCGCCGGUGCCGGCCGUGAGGAGAAGCACGCGCAACAAAGCUUGUGUCUCCUACACCAACGUGUCUGACUCGUGAAAGGCUGUUGGAGGGCGAGGGACAGACUUACGGAGGCAGUUGGUUGACAGUGACAGAUUUGUGGAGACUAUUUGCUGACAAUGACUGAUUUGCGGAGACUAUUUGCUGACAAUGACUGAUUUGCAGAGACUAUUUGCUGACAAUGACUGAUUUGCGGAGACUAUUUGCAGACAGUGACAGAUUUGUGGAGACUAUUUGCUGACAGUGACAGAUUUGUGGAGACUAUUUGCUGACAAUGACUGAUUUGCGGAGACUAUUUGCUGACAAUGACUGAUUUGCGGAGACUAUUUGCUGACAGUGACAGAUUUGUGGAGACUAUUUGCUGACAGUGACAGAUUUGUGGAGACUAUUUGCUGACAAUGACUGAUUUGCGGAGACUAUUUGCUGACAGUGACAGAUUUGUGGAGACUAUUUGCGGACAAUGACAGAUUUGUGGAAAACUAUUGACUGACUGACCAAUUUGCUGAAAACUAUUGGCUGACAAUGACAAAUUUGUGAAGACUGUUGACAGACUGAUAGAUUUGUGAAGACUAUUGGCUAACAAUGACAUAUUUUGCUGAAAACUAUUGGCUGACAAUGACAGAUUUGAGAAAACUAUUUGCUGACAAUGUCAGAUUUGCUGAAAACUAUUGACUGACAAUGAUACAUUUGUGAAAACUAUUGACUGACAAUGACAGAUUUGAGAAAAGUAUUGGCAGACAAUGUCAGAUUUGAGAAAACUAUUGACUGACAGUGACAGAUUUUGCUGAAAACUAUUGGCUGACAAUGAUAGGUUUGCUGAAGACUAUUGGCUGACAAUGAUAGAUUUGAGAUGACUAUUAACGGGCAUGACAGAUUUGUGAAGGCAGUUGGCUGAAUAUAACGGAUUGCUGAAAACCAUUGGCUGACAAUGACAGAUUUGUGAAAACUGUUUGCUAACAAUGACAUAUUUGCUGAAAACUAUUGGCUGACAAUGACAUAUUUGAGAAGACUUUAGACGGGCAUGACAUAUUUGGGAAGGCAGUUGACUGACCAUGACAGAUUUGGCUGGCAAUGUCAGAGUGACGUGAGAUUUGUGGAAGCUAUUGACUUGAAAUGUCAGACGUGUAAAGGAAGUUAGCUCGCGGUGUUGGCGACGAGGGACAUGAAGGCCACGGGCUGGCUGUGGUUGGGUGGUUGUGAUAAGGAAUUGUCCUGAAUGGUGGAGAGUUGAAGGUCGAAUUUCUGUAUUUUUUGCUCGUUCUUUCUGGAAUGAGUUGAUGUGUAGUGUCCAACCCCUUGAUUCUUUACCUUUUUUCAAAUUUUGAAAAUGAAAUAGUAAAUGAUUUGAAAUGCUACCAUAUAUAUAUAUGAAUUAAUGUUGUAUUUCUGUCUUCUUCUCUCCUUCUCUGUCCCAAGUGUCAUGGCUAGGUGUUGAAACCACAGGCCAUGAGGACUAAAUGUUGACUAUAUUGUUGGUGCUGUUGCAGGAAUGUGGUGUUACACUGUUUGUCCCUGAUUUACUGGGGGAGGGAAAAAAUAGACACUGGAGUUGCUCAUAUUUCUUGUGACACCGCAGAUAAUUUUUAUAUCUAUAUAUAUUGGCCUGUGGCACCUUCUGUAACUUUUAUCUAAGGAAACCUUACUACAGGCUCUGCGCACACUCGGAUUUUGGGGUUAGGUGGGCUUGAAAGUUGCAGGGGACCAAUAGAAAUGAAAACCUACUCCAAAAAGCAAGGCUUCUAGAUAUCUAGAUAUGGGUGCCCUCGAAUGCACUCAAAAGGUGGAUCUGAAUAGCAAUUGUCCCUAAAACUGCUUGUUAGAGACUCCAGCUAUUGGUAGGGUGUGACUUGUUACGGGCUCUUACAGUCUGUGAGGGUUGUUAGACUCUGCCUCUAUUGGUCAGAUUUUCACAAGUAAAUGCAAAGUAGCCAGUUAAUGAGGGGAAAUAGCAUUGUAACCUUUUGCGCCAUCUUCUAUAGCAUUGUAGAAAAAUGUUGAUGCUACAUGCACAAAGAGUCGACGUCCAAAUAGUGAUCCUUGCCAAGGCUAAGAUCUGGCUCCUUUAUCCCGAGGAGCCAUGUAUCAGAGGUCACCUAUAGUCCCAUCCCCCUCGUGUUCUAGUUCCCAGAGCCUUACCCUUACAGGACCUUUGCCCCUGAGCUCCCUUGAGUAGACUGCUAGAUUUGUGCCAUGGAUGCUGAGGUUUUUAAAAAGUUUUACUGAGAGUUUUACAGCGUUUGCAACACAAAUAGGUCGUAUGAUUGCUGAAGAUUAGAGGUGUUACUGAAGAGUAGCAUGCAAAGAAAAGGAGGAGAGAUAAGGAGCAGACCACACAAGAGCAUCCUCCUCGAACCACCCUGUCAGCAUGCUGAGGUGUGCACUCUGUGCGUAGAAGGGAACAAGUUAGAUUACUCCCAGUGUGUGUGCUCAGGUCCAUGGUGUUGGCCACGGCUAGCUAUACAAUAGAUCUAUCGUCAUUUUGUACAAAAAACCUGUUUCUUGUAUUUCAUGCCUCUGAAGUAUCUUCACUUGUUAGUAACAAGUAUUUCUGUGCAUCCCGUUAGCAUAUGCGUCGUUGUUUUAUCUUUCUUUCCUCUCUGGUGUGUAACUAUAUAUUUAAUCCUCUGAUGUGUACUAACCAAGGCAUACAUUGUAACCUUGUCAUUACUUUGUCUUUGGAGUUGAGAAAUUCCGUGGUCAAUAUGUCGCAGUUUGGGCCUGCCCAAAUGUCCCCUUUGAUUACUCUUCUUCGUUUUUUUCCAUAUCUUUCCUGUAUGUUUUGAUUUUGGCGAGCUUUAUGAUGCGCGUUUCACUGAACAUGAAGUUAUUGUGUAUGUGAGUUUUAAUUGAAGUGAGGAAAAAUUCAAGUUCAAGCAUAACAAUUUAUAAUGUGUACUGUUGCAUUACAGCAUGGUGCUAAAAAGCAUAAUAAUAACUUUUAGAAGUACGUGUAGUAAACUUUUAUCUUUGUUGUGUGUUUGACUGGAGUGAGUUAGACCGAGAUACACACGCUUGACUGUCUUGUUGACUGCACGACUGACUGAUUGAGCUGACGUAGGACUUACGAUAACUGUGUUGAUGCUGACAGAAUUCAUGUGUCUUUUACUCUCUGAAGUAGUAAGUAGUAAAAUAAUGUUUGUUUUAAUAACUGCUGAAAAGAAUGUGAUGAAUCAGAGCCGAGUGACAGGAGAACUAUCUAGAAAGGUGUGUAUUUUAAACUUGUGGGGCUGUUGUUAUAUGUGUUAUGCAGCAGUAUAUUGCUUUUCUUGUCCAUGUGGUAGUGACUUAAAGAGACUGGAGAAUCUAUGGUAGUAAUGACAGUAUAGAUAGAGCCUUGAAGGAGAGUGUCCGUGGAUUCAUAUACUUAACCUGAUUCCAUUCUUCAGUUUUUAGUUUUUGUAAAAGUUUUAUGACACUUGCAACACAACCAGGUCAUGUAAGUGCUGAAGAUUAGAGGUGUUUUUAGAGAGUGAUGUACAAAUAGAGGAAGGAGGAGAGAUAGAAGGAUGAUAGAUGGUUGAUA